CUUGUUUACCACCACCUAGAAGCAAGUCGCUUGUUCGCAUUCGAGAUCUGUGUCUAGAAACGCGUUGAUAAACUACAGGUUUAUAUUUGCGAAAGGCGUUCUUACAAUUUUCAUUUCCGGGGGGCGUAUUCUACUUUCGUUUCAUCGAGGAAUGAGCUGCUGGCACAUUGUGGAAGCUCUUCUUGUAGCGAGUGCAUUUCGGAUCAUAACACGAGCCUCGGCAGUUGUGACGGGUCCGGUUGAGUUUCUCAAUCUGCCGUACGAAGGUUACAUCACUGCGAAUGCCGUCGCGGACAGCCCCGUUUAUCGUCUGAACAGCGAAGGCAGUUUGGUGCCGUUACAAGUUCAAAUAAGCAACGCACCCAAAAAAACUCAACUCUUCACUUUGACAGGGACGAAAGACGAUUUGGACAAGUUCAAGAUCGAUGAAAAUGCCGGGAAUGUGACGCUGAAGACGGCGAGUCCGCAAGUAAACACGACCGUUAAGUAUAUCGUCUUCGGUAUUCGCAGGAGCUUGAUAGGAUUCUCUAUCUACGCGCACGUUACGACCGAGUUAACAGUGAUGGUGGUCGUCGAUCUCAAUUCGCAUUCUCCUCGAUUCUCCGACUCUUCCUACAUGGGUCACGUAGCCUACGAUGCUGCAAUCGGUUACGAAAUUCUAAACGUUUCAGCAACCGAUGGUGAUAAGGGAACGAGUGGACAGAUAUUUUAUACAAUCGAUGGUGGAAAUGAUAAGAAAAUCUUUAGGCUGGGCAGUAACUCUGGAUUGCUAACUAUAGAGAGAGAUUUAUCGGAUAACUCGCUACCCACAUACAAUCUUGUUGUGAAAGCAGAAGAUAGAGGUGUCCCGGUCAGAUUUAGCACGGCAAGCGUGAUUAUUAGAGUCAUGUUGCCUACGACCACUACUCCGACUAUCACGGUUCGAGCAACCACGAGCCAUCAUAGCACAUCGUCAUCGAACACGCCACUAGUGACCACAGAAUCGUCUACAACUUCCCAAACGGCAACCGGAGCCCACACGACCAAAUCGGUUACUACAACCGUACCUAGCACUCGCAAAUCGACAACACAAUCUGCCAAAGCAACCACACAAGCUGGGACGACAUCGAUUGCAUCUACCGACUCGCCUACGACUGUAGACGUGACAUCUCAAAUUUCGACUACUGCUACGACUACUGGAAAGACAACGACACAAUUAUCGACUGGGUCAGAGAUGAGUACACGAGCAGAGAAGACUGAAACGGCAUCUCCUACGUCGACAAGCGAGAGAGGGGUCACUCCUACGAAUGCCGAGACAUCUAGUCGUACCGUUGAAAGCACCUCGACAUCUAUAUUAGGAUCCACAUCUGAGUACAUUACAAAUUCUUCUGUUCCUUUUCUAACCGUCACUACCACCAAAACCACUACUGCUGCACCAUCUACUACGGUUGGAAGUACGUCUCGAGCAGCAAUGACUCCAGUGGUCACGACACAAGAUUCGACAAGUUCAGUACGUACUACAGCAAAGUCGACAGAUACAGCAGUGACGACAGAAGGAACGACGACUUUGACUCCAGUGGUCACGACACAAGAUUCAACAAAUUCAAUACCGACUACAGCAAAAUCAACAAAUACGGCAGCCACAAUAGAGGGAACAACGACUUUGACUCGAGUGAUCACGACACAAGAUUCGACAAGUUCAAUACCGACGACAGCAAAGUCGACAACUACAGCAGUCACAACAGAGGGAACGACAACUUUGUAUCCUACUACAAACGCACCAACGACGACGAGUUCUUUUUCAACAUUUUCUUCAUCUACACAGCGCUCGACCACUAGACUAGUACCUUCUACAGAACAGAUUACGACCCCGUCCUCUUCAUCACAAGCUUACCUGACUACAGAUGUAUUUACUACAAAAAGAGCUAAAGUUUCGACGGAUUCUCAGCCGACUACGGGACCGUCUACUGACAAAUCGACGACCAAUCUUGCCACGACUCGAUUGCCAACUCACUUACCGUCUACUGCAAUGCAAGUAACGGCUACACCAUUGUCAUCCCAUCCAACAAAAUCGCAAAUACGAACGGCAGACAACACUAAAUUCUUUACAAAACGGAGUGAGUCAAAUACAGCCAGUACAGUCAAUGGAAAGAGUCAGACAUUGUCGGCAACACCCGGCCAGUCAAAAACAUCACAAAAAACGGUCGUUCCCAGUCACAGGGGAUCUUCGGGCGUCACCCCUUCUGUGUCAACCCAGUCGAAUACACGAAAGAGUCCCCCGAUAAAUCAGGAAAAUACAUCGACAGAAGCGUUACCGGCAUGGGCUCUGGUACUUAUACCCACCAACUUAGUGAUUGUUGUUUUUGGAUUUCUUCUUUUGAUAUUUGUCAAAUGCAGGAAAAAUUGGAACAAGAACAAUCGUACAGGUCAACGUAGAAACAAAGACAACUCGUUCUUAGACGGUUGGCUUACAACGCAACUCGAUUAUCUGAGUCGAGCAUCAAGAGAAGGACCGUCGCCGAAUGAUGAUUACGAACAACAUACUCCUUUUUACGGCGAGCCGUGGGAAAUACACAAUCGUCUAAACGACAUAGAAUUCGAGGCUUCCUCGUUAUCUCGUCAAAACACACAAAACAGCAGAAAACACUCAAGAAAUAGCCGUAAAAGCAGCGAUCGAUCUCAAAAGAAAGAUAGUCGGGGGCAAGACGUAGAAGGAGACAGACUGGAGUACGUUGGCGAAUGGUCAGAGGUGGUCGGAUCUCGUCUCACGUCUCCUCUGUUCUCGAGUCCAGAAACCGACCGUUGGCAAGACAAUUCUCUGUAUGUUCCUUCUCAAAACUCACCGAUGAGUGUUAGACAGCACACUUCAUCUGGGAUUCCUGGAGCAUACUCUACGAUGGUCGAUUUCGAAUCAGAUAAUCGUUUCUUUACACCAAUACCUCAAACUGUCGAUAUUGAUUACGCAGACCAAAAUGAUCCGUUAGGAGAGUAUGCCCAAUCAUCAAUGUCUGAUACGUGGCAAGAGUACGAGUACCGUCCCACUCUAACGCGUAUUGCGGAGGAGUCCGAUGAUGAAAACCCUGCAGUGGACGACCUCUCUCGACCUCUCUCUUUCGUCAGUGGUACUGCAUCUGAUCGUCGCAGCAAACGUACUCAGCUGGCUCGUUUCUCUCCUCCCGUGGCUUAUCUAAACGAUUACGAAUCGAGCACAGACGAUUUGUCUGACGUAGACGAGAGUGGAGACGCAGAGGACAGACGCUACUACUACCGCACACCCAAGCAGUCGGUUUCUCAAGAGGUCGUAUCUGGGAUAUCAUCUAGUACAGAAAACAUUGUACGGCUUGCAAGUGGUGUGCCGACUGCUUCUACUGAUAGCGACAGAGAAAUACAAAAUCGUAAAGACUCGAGGCUGCUAGUAGACGCCCUCACAUGGCAUCCACCAGAAAAACAAUUAUCUCUAAAGGAGGCACUGGUGGCUUGGCAUGCGGGUCAGGAACAAGACUGCUCACACUUGUAGAACAGAAAGUAUUGCAUGUGCAUUUAGUAAUUGGUCUAAACUAUAGACAGGAUUUAGCAUACACGUAAAGUACAAUUCUAUGCUGCUAUAUAUAGGCACGACUUAACAAUUCUUGCCAUUGUUAAAAUGAUUUUAUGGUGUGCCUAAACUUUUAAUUAAAUACAUUUCGACAUACAU